GCUGGGGUGCGAAGAGGGCAGAGGAAGGGGCUGGGCGGGAGCCGGGGGAGCAAGCCCGGCAGUCAGCACUUUUCAUCCGCUCGGGGUGGCGAGAGCGGAGGGGCCGCCUGCCAAAGCAAACUUCAGCCCUGACAAUUGCCAUUAUUGUUAACACCGGAAGGGGGCAGCGUGGAUGGACGGUGACAUCUCUCUCUCUCUCCGCAGUGAACCCCUGCUGCUAUUUCCCCUGCCAGCACCAAGGGGUGUGCGUGAGGGUUGACCUGGGAGGAUAUGAGUGCGACUGCACGCGGACGGGGUACUUCGGGGCCAACUGCACCACCCCCGAGCUCUGGACGCGCCUCCAUGACCUGCUGAAGCCCAGUCCUGCCUUCUACCACUUCAUCCUGACCCACUUCAAGUGGUUUUGGGACAUUAUCAACGGCACCUUCGUCAGGGACACGCUCAUGAGGCUCGUGCUCACAGUUCGUGCCAACCUCAUCCCCAGCCCCCCCACUUUCAACUCUGACUACGGCUACAUCAGCUGGGAGGCCUACGCCAACGUCAGCUAUUACACCCGCAUCCUCCCGCCCGUGCCAGACAACUGCCCAACGCCCAUGGGGACCAAAGGUACGGGGCUGGCCCGGGGGGACCGGCACCGCGUGGUGCCAUGGGGCUGAGUCGCCGGAGCAUCACCCUGGGUCCGUACCCGGUGGAGCUUCGGUUGCGGGGGCGUGCACAGAGCGAGGAGGGGGACCGGGGCAUGCACGGCCUUUCGGAGCAGCCUUGACACUGCGCUCUCCUGGCAGGUGGAUCUUGGGCACUUGUACGGGGACAACCUGCAGCGGCAGCACCAGCUGCGACUCUUCAGAGACGGGAAGCUGAAAUUCCAGGUGGUGGAUGGAGAGGUGUACCCCCCCACGGUCACCGAUGCUCCAGUCCACAUGGCCUACCCAUCUGCCAUCCCCAAGGAGAAGCGGCUGGCGAUGGGGCAGGAGGUGUUUGGGCUGCUGCCGGGGCUCAGCAUGUACGCCACGCUCUGGCUGCGCGAGCACAACCGGGUCUGCGACAUCCUGAAACGGGAACAUCCCACCUGGAGCGACGAGCAGCUCUUCCAGACGGCUCGUCUCAUCCUCAUCGGGGAGACCAUUAAGAUCGUCAUAGAAGACUAUGUCCAGCACCUCAGCGGGUACUACCUGAGCCUCAAGUUUGACCCUGAGCUGCUCUUCGGGACGCAGUUCCAGUACCGGAACCGCAUCGCAGCGGAGUUCAACCAGCUCUAUCACUGGCACGGGCUGAUGCCCGACGCCUUCGUCAUCCAGGGGGAAGAGUACAGCUACGAACAGUUCCUCUACAACACCUCCAUGCUCAUGGACUACGGCGUGGAGGCACUGGUGGAGUCCUUUUCCAAGCAGGUUGCAGGAAGGAUCGGUGGGGGAAACAACAUCAACGCCAAUGUCUUGAAGGUGGCUGUUGGGGUCAUCAAGGAAUCCCGGGAGCUGAGGCUACAGCCGUUUAAUGAGUAUGAGCUCUUGGGGCAGGAAGAGAAGGCGUCAGAGCUGGAAGAGCUGUAUGGAGACAUUGAUGCUCUGGAGUUUUAUCCGGGCUUGCUGCUCGAGAAACCCCAACCCAAUGGUAUUUUUGGGGAAAGCAUGGUGGAGAUCGGAGCUCCGUUUUCCCUGAAGGGGCUUCUUGGAAACCCCAUCUGCUCCCCAGAGUACUGGAAACCCAGUACAUUUGGCGGAGCAACUGGCUUCGAGAUAGUUAAGACAGCAUCGCUCGAAAAGCUCGUGUGCCUCAACGUGAAGAAGUGCCCAUACGUGGCGUUUCACGUUCCGGAUGCUGCAGAAAAUGGCAGCCCUCGAGGUGGUGGAUCAUCUACUGAGCUCUAG